UCACUUGUCACCAGUUCCGGUUCCCGCUUCCAAGUCCAACAGUAAUUUAACCAGAAAUUGUUUACAAUCGCAAGGCGGAGAGACGUAACGAGGCUGAGAAAGAAAUUGAUCAGGCUGAACUCCUUUCCAAAUUCAUCUCCUUACAAGCAGUUCCAAUGGAGUCUACGCUUUCUUCAACAACUCUCUUCACCUUAUCCAAAACCCUUACCUCUUCUCGGAACCUCGUCGUCUAUAGCCUCCACCGUCGCUUCUCCCAAACCCCGAAUAAAAGCAUUCAAAAGCGACUCUUAUCUGGUAGGAUCGGAUGCAUGUAUAAUGGAGAUUUUCAGAGAUCAAGCGGGUUCGUUUCAGCCUCUCCGCCCGGAACUUCGCCUAGGAAUUUGCUUGUGGCGGCUCCGAUAUCGUCUCGUAUAGCCUGUAUGUCGAACUCCACUGCUUUGUUUAUUUCCGGUGGAGGGGGAGAUGGUUCUAAUGGAGGGAAAGGAGGUGGUAGCGGUGACGGCGAUGGCGGAUCGAACGGCGGAGAGACAAAGUCGAAAUCCAUUGCAGGAGGGUCCGAAGAGGUUUCGGCCUUGUCUCCCGAUGUAAUAAUCCUUGACGUUGGUGGAAUGACCUGUGGAGGAUGUGCAGCAAGCGUGAAAAGAAUAUUAGAAAAUCAACCACAGGUGUCUUCUGCCAAUGUCAAUCUUGCUACAGAGACAGCAAUUGUGUGGCCUGUUGCUGCAGUCAAGGUUACACAGAACUGGCAACAACAGUUAGGGGAGACCCUUGCAAAACAUUUGACAAAUUGUGGAUUUAAGUCCAAGCUACGUGAUUCUUCUAGGGAGAGUUUUUUUCAAGUUUUUGAAAGGAAGAUGGAUGAAAAACGGAUUCACUUACAAGAAAGUGGUCGGAACCUUGCUGUAUCUUGGGCAUUAUGUGCUGUCUGCCUCUUCGGCCAUCUCUCUCAUUUUCUUGGAGCUAAUGCUUCAUGGAUGCAUGCAUUUCAUUCCACAGGAUUUCAUUUUUCCUUGUCUUUAUUCACAUUGCUUGGUCCUGGCCGCCAACUUAUCCUUGAUGGUCUGAAAAGCCUGAUGAGGGGGGCUCCAAACAUGAACACUUUAGUUGGUCUAGGGGCUUUAUCAUCUUUUGCUGUCAGUUCAAUAGCUGCCUUAAUACCAAAAUUGGGUUGGAAGGCAUUCUUUGAGGAACCAAUUAUGUUAAUAGCAUUUGUCUUGUUAGGGAGGAAUCUUGAGCAGAGGGCAAAACUCAAAGCUACCAGUGAUAUGACAGGACUUCUCAGUAUUCUACCUUCCAAAGCUCGCCUUGUGGUGGAUGGCGAUGUAGAAGAGGUGAACUCUAUAGUUGAAGUUCCAUGCAGCAAUCUUGCUAUUGGAGACAAAAUUGUUGUACUACCUGGAGACCGAAUCCCAGCAGAUGGAAUUGUGAGAGCUGGUAGAAGCACAGUUGAUGAAUCAAGUUUUACAGGGGAGCCACUGCCAAUAACAAAAUUGCCUGGGGCUGAAGUUGCUGCAGGAAGCAUAAACUUAAAUGGUACUCUUACCAUUGAAGUAAGAAGGUCAGGGGGUGAGUCUGUCAUGGGAGGCAUUGUUCRUUUGGUGGAAGAAGCACAGAGUAGGGAAGCUCCUGUGCAGCGAUUGGCUGACAAGGUAGCUGGACAUUUUACAUAUGGUGUCAUGGCACUCUCAGCUGCUACUUUUAUGUUCUGGAAGUUUUUUGGUACACAAAUUCUACCUGCUGCUUUUCAUCAAGGAGAUUCACUCUCUCUGGCAUUGCAGCUUUCCUGCAGUGUUUUGGUUAUUGCUUGCCCAUGUGCCCUUGGCCUAGCAACACCUACUGCUGUCUUGGUUGGAACUUCACUUGGGGCAACAAGAGGAUUGCUUUUACGUGGUGGUAGUAUCUUGGAGAAGUUUGCAUUAGUGAACACAAUUGUGUUUGACAAAACAGGGACCUUGACAGCUGGAAGACCUAUUGUGACUAAAAUUGCUAUUCCUGAAUGUGAAGGAGACAAAAAUGCAAAAAAAAAUUCAGACCACGAGUGGUCAGAAAUGGAGGUUCUGAGGUUAGCUGCAGCUGUUGAAUCAAAUACUAUUCAUCCCAUUGGAAAAGCUAUUGUAGAAGCUGCUCGGCUUGCUGGUUGCCAGCAUGUGAAGGUAGUGGAUGGAACAUUUAAGGAGGAACCUGGAUCUGGUGCAGUAGCAACCAUUGGCCAAAAAAAAGUCUCCAUUGGAACUUUAGAGUGGGUUCAAAGGCAUGGAGUGGAUGGGAACCCCUUUAAAGAGGUUGAAGAAUUUAAGAAUCAAUCCAUUGUCUAUGUAGGUAUUGAUAGUUCUCUAGCAGGUCUUAUUUAUUUUGAGGACAAGAUCAGAGAAGAUGCUUGUUAUGUGGUUGAGUCUUUGUCUAAGCAAGGAAAAAGCAUAUACAUGCUUUCUGGGGACAAGAAGCAUACUGCUGAGUAUGUGGCAUCAGUUGUUGGUAUUUCCAAGGACAAAGUGCUGUCAGGAGUCAAACCUGAUGAAAAGAAGAAAUUCAUUUCUGAACUUCAGAAGAAUCGGAAAAUUGUAGCUAUGGUUGGUGAUGGAAUUAAUGAUGCUGCUGCAUUGGCUUCAUCAGACAUAGGAGUAGCUAUGGGCAGCGGUGUUGGAGCUGCUAGUGAUGUGUCAAAUGUUGUUCUCUUGGGCAACAAGCUUUCACAGUUGCUUGAAGCAAUGGAAUUGAGUAAAAUGACAAUGAGGACUGUGAAGCAAAAUCUUUGGUGGGCAUUUGCUUAUAAUAUUGUCGGAAUUCCAAUUGCUGCUGGACUAUUGCUGCCAGUUACUGGGACAAUCCUUACUCCAUCAAUUGCCGGAGCUCUUAUGGGCCUAAGUUCGCUAGGAGUGAUGACAAAUUCCCUGCUUCUGAGACUCAAGUUUGCUUCAAGAGAGAAACCCAUCUACAAAAUGCCUUUGGAUAGCAAAACGAGCCCCAAUGCUGAUCUUAUCAUCAGCCAAAGUAACAAACCGGAGAACCCUUAUGCUGCUGCAAAAUGGAGAAAUGUUUGAUUAUUCCAAAGGGGUUGGGUAGAGUAACAAGCCCUACAAUUCAUAUAAAAAUGUAAAGGCUUAUUGAAUAGCUUGUAUAAUAGAAAGCGUUUAUUCACUA